AUGGUUGUUGACUGCGGUGGAGGCACAGUAGACGUAACAACACGUGAACUAUUGGAAGACAACAAAUUUAGCGAAAAAACGGUUCAUGGAGAAGAUUAUUGCGGAUCAUCCUUUGUAGACCAGGAAUUCCUAAGUUAUAUUGGUAAAAUAACAGGACCAUUCGCAAUUGAACUAAUGAAAGAACAUCAUUAUGCUCAAUUACAAUAUAUCGUACAAGAAUUUUGUAGACUUGCAAAAUUUAAAUUUACGGGAGAAGAAACUGGAUUUGAACCUUACGGAAUUAUAAACUUGAUUAAAGGACAAUUGGGUCAAAUUGAAAACGAUUGCUCAGCUAUGUUCCUAGUUGGAGGAUUUAGCGAAUCUAAAUAUUUACAAGCUAGGAUUAAAAAAACUGGUCUAGGAUAUCACAAACUGCUCAAUGUUAUUGGUGCAAUGGAUGGAGUACAUAUACCUAUUCAUCAACCUUCCAAGAUGGUGCACGCUAUAUCAAUCGCGAAAGUUUUCAUUCUAUCAACCUUCUCGGAAUUGUUGAUCAUCAGGGACGUUUUACCUAUAUACAUGCUGGAGAAGCAGGCUAGAAGUGUACAUGAUGCGAGAGUGUUUUAUCGUUCUUCACUUUAUCAUGAAAUUUCAUUGCAUUCUGAACAAUGGGUUCCAGGUGAAACUUAUAUUAUUGCAGAUGCAGCAUAUCCUCUCCGAACAUAUUUAAUAAAAGCAUUUCCUAAUUAUUAUAUGGGAACUAAUCGAGAACGCCACUUUAAUAAAAUUCUUUCUUCAAUGCGAAUGGUUAUUGAACGAGCAUUUGGACAUUUAAAGGAAAGGUAG